UACAAGCAUUUGUCUUAUCUUGUUUUAUUAUUAUUAAUUAAUAUCUAUUUAGUAUCUACAGAAAAAGUCUGAUAAUGAGCGAUAGGAAUUUGUAAGAUUAGAUUAUUGUUAUUCCAUAAAUCGUGGCAAAAUUGUAUAGUAAGGCAAGAAUUUGAUUGCAGUCUUUUCAACGAGAAUCAAGAGAGCCGAAUUAAAGCUAAUGUUACCUUAAGCUCAAACGGUUCCAGUAAAUUCACGUUUUCGAAUUUCUUCCAUCCCCGGAUAAUCUGCACCUCACUAUGGUUCUUAUACAGUGCUUGGAGUUGGCCGUCUACCACAUGCAUCACGUAAAAACACAACCAUGUCAUCGGAGACAUUAGACGAGCACAGGCAAAUAUACUUGGAAUGCAUUCAGAAACAACUGGAGGAAAUCGAUCUACUCUCAUCGAUCUUUUGUAAUCCUGGUGAAAUUCACAUUUACGACCCCAACGUGAUAUCAGAUUUCAAUGAAUAUGUGAGUGGACAGAUGAGUGAUAUUCGGUCCGAAAUGGAUUUCUCAGUAUAUUUCGAACAUGGAAGGGAAAAAGUCAACAUACGAAUUCAAUUGCCACAUUUAUAUCCACUAAUGGAAAACGCUAAGGUAACAUUGUUCACGCCCUUACUUCCAAAGGACAAAGAGCGAAACGUCCAACAUAAAAUCGAGAGCUUCAUAGAUGCCUCGGAUAAAAGCGAAGGAUACAUUUAUCAAGUCGUUCUCUGGAUCCAAGAUGAGUUUGAAAAUUUUCUUACGGCCUCAAACACCUCCGACUUAGAUGUCGUUAUAAAUCCCGAUAAAGUUGAAUUAGAAAGUGAGAAGAAAGUAGAUUUGGAACGUCUGUGGAUAUACUCUCAUCACAUAAAAAGCAAAUGGAAACGACGAGAGAUUCUAGAACAAGCUCAGCAAUUGAAAUUAACAGGAUUUUGUAAACCUGGUAAACCUGGAAUUAUUUGUGUCGAAGGAUUGAAAGAGGACACACAGGAGUUUUGGAGAAUUAUAAGAUCGCUACAGUGGCAAAGAAUAACACUGAAGCUGGUGGAGAGCAGACGUAAGAGUCCGGAUAAAGUAGAAGAAUGGAGACGAUUUCAGGAUUUUAGAGAGAAGCUCAUGAAUGACACGGAGCUAGAAACGGAAGCGGAGAAAAUGGACAUGAGCUUGUUUAUGAAAUUUCUAGAUAAGCAUAGGUGUGGAUAUAUAAAACAGGAACUUUUCGGGUUCAACUGACCCUGGCCUUUUAGUUUUAUUUAGGGAAUUAAUAAUGUCCUUUGGAGUCAAUGCUUUGAACAGCUUUGUCCCCAACACCCUCUAAGAAACUUCAGGUUGCCUUCUUUGUAACUUCGAACACCACUCAGUGCUCUACAUCUUUAAUUAAAACAAAUUAUUUGAUUUUAGCAAUUUGUGAAAGAAAUUUGAUUAUUGUUGUGAUUAGUAUAAUUAUCGUUAUUAAGAUUCCCUUAAAAAUGAUAUUUUACCGUUGUUUUAUAUUGUUACUUGUAGAUUUUAUUAUUACGUCAUGAGUCAGAAACUAAUUUCUGGGGAACUACCCCAAUUAAUGAAUAAAGUCUUAAAAAGGGACAAUUAA